CAUCAAAUCCCGUCACGUCGGACCACGGGAGCCAUCCCUCUUGCCUAGCGCCCAUCGCACAUCGCCAGCAUCAGCACAAGAGCACGGCCGCGUGGCGUGUGACGGUCGUGCUUUUGAGCCUGCACUGCUUGGUGCUGGGGUCUGGCCUGGCGUCGGCCUUGUUCGUCCCCCGAGCCGAGAUUGUGAAGCGUAAUCCGAAUCCAUUGGGACCGAAAUCCAAUCCCCCCAACACUGAGGAGAUCCGCCCGAACAAAAAAUGCACCAUGAGAAAAAAUACACGGUACAUGUCAGAAUGGCGACAAGACUGAAAAAUGGGCAUCACCGGGGCACGAGGCAACCACCCCUUUUGCCUCUGCGACAUGGUCUGGAUGCCGCCCUGAUUGACUAUUUGAGCUGUCUGGGAGUCGAGCCAGCAGAAGCCGCAGUCGCCAGCAGAAGCCUCAAUCGCCCAUCAGAGUCAAUAUGACGCCAGACAUAGACAUGGUAGCAGCGACAGCACCACCUCCACCUCCACCUCCACCACCGUCGUCUGGAGAUGGAGCGGCCCGCCCCGUCGUCCCUGAAUUGCGCGACAGCAGCAGCAGCAGCAACAGGAGUCAACACGACAAGCAACCGCACCCUGUCCCUGCAGCAGUAGCAACAGCAACAGCAACAGCCUCCAACCCCGCAGUCAACGGCGAUGCGAUCACAGACACCGUCACCUCCUCCACCUCGGCCAUGCCCAGGCCCACGCGUCCUCGCACGGCCACCACCACGGCCGAGAUAGAGGACACCAUCAGCCACCCCGGCGCCGUCCGCAUCAACGUCAAGGGCGCCUUCAUCGUCGAUGACGGCUCCGCCACCCCCGCCACCCCGGCCGUCACCGAGGGCCGCUCCGGCUCGCCCGACCACCACCCGACCCAGGGCAUCCGCCUGCCCUACCACACAGCAGUGGUCAGCCACAUCGCCAUCGACAUCGGCGGCUCGCUCGCCAAGCUGGUCUACUUCUCGCGCGAGCCCGACUCGACGGAGCCGGGCGGCCGCCUCAACUUCACGAGCUUCGAGACGGACUGCAUCGACGACUGCGUCGCCUUUAUGCGCCACCUGCGCGACAAGCAGCAGCCCCUCAACGGCUCCAAGCCCGGCAGCCUCUGCGUCAUGGCCACGGGCGGCGGUGCCUACAAGUACUACGACAAGAUCCGCGACGCCCUGGGUGUCGACGUCCACCGCGAGGACGAGAUGGAGUGCCUCAUCAUCGGCCUCGACUUCUUCAUCACCGAGAUCCCGCGCGAGGUCUUCACCUACUCGGAGACGGAGCCUAUGCACUUCGUGGCCCCCGCCGCCGGCGACGACGGCGCGCGCUGCUGCGAGACGUCGGCCGAGGGCGACGACAGCUCCCUGUACCCGUACCUGCUCGUCAACAUCGGCUCGGGCGUCUCGUUCCUCAAGGUCGAGGGCCCCCGCCGGUACCAGCGCGUGGGCGGCACCUCGCUCGGUGGCGGCACGCUCUGGGGCCUGCUCUCGCUGCUCACGGGUGCCGCCACCUUUGACGAGAUGCUGGACCUGGCCUCGCGCGGCGACAACUCGCGCGUCGACAUGCUGGUCGGCGACAUCUACGGCACCGACUACGGCAAGAUCGGGCUCAAGAGCUCCACCAUUGCCUCGUCCUUUGGCAAGGUCUUUCGCAUGAAGCGCGAGGCCGAGUCGGCCGCCGAGGACGCCGGCGGCGGCUCGAGCGAACUGGAGAGGGAGCGGGUGGCGGCGGCAGAAGCGGCGGCGGCGGCAGCAGCAGCAGCACAAACAGGAGCAGCAACUACAUCCCCCGAUGAAAGGAGUAGUACCGGCGCAAACGGCAGCAGCAGCAACAACAGCGGCAGCGGCAGCUUCUCCAAGGCCGACAUGUCCCGGUCCCUCCUGUACGCCAUCAGCAAUAACAUCGGGCAGAUCGCGUACCUGCAGUCGCAGAUCCACAACCUGUCGGCCAUAUACUUUGGCGGCUCCUUCAUCCGUGGCCACCCGCAGACCAUGAACACGCUCAGCUACGCCAUCCGCUUCUGGAGUAAGGGCGCGUCCCAGGCCUACUUCCUCCGCCACGAGGGCUACCUGGGCGCCGUCGGCGCCUUCCUCAAGCGCCAGCCCCGCAACUGGGGCCGCCGCGGCAGCUUCGAGGAGCUGCGCCCUACGGGCGCCGAGCGCCGCAUGCGCCAGAGGGGCGAGCCGUCCCCGCCCCGGCCUGCCGAUGAGACGGUUGUUGCUUGAAGGGCUGCUAUUUUUUUGUUGAGAGUCUGUCUCAAACCUGGCGAACCUGCUUUAUACAAGACGUGAGCUGUUGCAGUUGGCCGCAUCGUAUUCCCGACGCACCAUGUCUCUUUUAGGAUGUUUAUACAUAAGAACCAGAUAGACUGUGUAAUCAAAUCACAAUUAGCAGCAGA